AUGACCAUGAAGAGAAUCAACUCUCUCAAAUCUAUGACGAACAUCAGUAAUCUCUAUCCGAGAACCUUCCGCACACCAGCCAACGCACCAUGUCCGCGGCACUGUUCGACGAAAUCCUCAGACUCUUCUCCCAGACCCGAAACAGACGACAAAGACAGGGUUGACCUACCCCAAACAUCUACAGGCAAUAUGCAUUAUACAGACCGAGUUUCCGGGUCCAACACUCAUAACGUUGAAGUCGCUUCGCCAUUCCGCCCGACGCUGGAGCAUGAUGAUGCACAUUCAGGACCUUAUGGCGUAGAGGCGCCUCCAUGUUGGUCGUACAUGGUAACAGUAACAGAAAUCCAUGUGGAAAUCAAGAUCGAUAGCGGAGACGAUGAUCAAACGAUCAAGUCUAAAGAGGUAGGACAUGUGCCGAAUCGGUUGCCUGCGAGUGACAAUGAACCAGGUUCCCGUAUGAAGCUCCAGUUACGUAGACCCGAAUACAAGCUCUUUGUCCAGGUUUUACCGUUGAACCUCCUUGCUCCUGACACCAGUAUCCGGCAUGUCUGA